AUGCAUUUCACCUUCAUCGCCUUUAUGGCCAUUAUUGGCUCUGCUUUGGCUGCAGACAAGGACCCUGCUUUGAUUGGCGUCGGUUCCCCUUGCAAAGCCGAUGGCAGCUCAGGAAACUGUGCCAGUGGCUUCUGCUUGGUAGGCCUUAUCUUCUACCGAAAAUAUCGUGGCUUCAAAGACUAA